AUGGAUAUCUUUGUUCACGAUGUCCCCAGCGACGUCAACCAUGUUCAGCUACGGCUCUUCCUCAAGCCAAAGAUGGAGCUGUUCGACAUCCUCGCGUUCGACAUAUUCAAAAAGUCUGGCAAUCAUUGGGCGCUCUUGACCGUAGCCAGCGAAGUGAAUGGCAACCGUUUCAUCAAGCACUUCCAGACCCAGGAACGUCUCGUGUACCAGGGUCGCCACCUCAAAUGCAAAAAGAGCAACAAAAAGGCCGAAGCCCUCAAGAUCAUGUCGCUCUUGGACAAGGAGGACGAACUGAGGAAGAAGGCUGUCAAGCUGUCGAACCCCAGGCCCCAGCCGUCUCAGCCGCACUUCAGCUUCACCACCAUGAUGACUGGAGUGUGGGACUAUGAUGGCCUUGGCAACCUGGUCUUUGAUCAAAAGUACAAGGACCCCCGUCGUGGCACCAUCAUCUUCGGCAAGACAGCGCUUGUCAUCUAUCUCGAGAGUUCAAAGGGCGCUGAUACACAGGCCGACUGCAACUGCAGAAUCGACAUCCCGUACGGCAUCCUGGAACACACCAUUCCAGCGACCGACAAGGCAGGAGGUGGCUCGCUAACACUGACCCUGAAAUCUCCACCAAAAAUCUACAAAAUCAAUGCCACAGACAGCCUGCAUCUAUACACGGGCGGUGCCAGCGCCAACGCCAUGGCACAAAUGCCGUCUUGGGCUUUCAAUGCCCUGUCUUUGGGAGCUGCGGCUGCGUCAUCGCGGCAGCGUCAGUUGCAUCGACUCUGCGCAUUGCAGCGCCACUACUACAACACUACUGCACUAUGCAUGGUCUACAAGCUACGGUUCGCCAACGCCAAGACCAUGCGCUAUGCCUGGAACUUUAUCAGUGAUUUCGCGGUUUCUGGCGUAGAUCCUUGGAGGACAUCCAUCGGUCGUGCCCGAACGUUGGCCAUGGAGAAGGACUACGCAAACUUGGAGCUCGCUCUCACCAAGGUUGUCGGGCCAUGCACCAGCUUUGGUGUCGCCUACCAGAUGAUGGCGCUUGUGCUCGAAGGCACCGUGCCGCCUAGAAACAUGACGCAGCUGAUACCGCGCAUCUGCAAUCUCACCGCGCGCCAUGGUUCGACACGCACCGCUGCUGGCGUCAGAGAACUGGCCCAGCAAAUCCCUACCCCUGCGCCAAACAUCAACGGAGACAGCUACCGGCCGGAAUCCCUCAUCGAUAUGAUUGACGCGAACGUCAACGAGAGCAUUGCUGAAGCCGAUGGCUCGUCGACCAUCUCCAGGCAAGGAAAGUACCAACAUCUCGCCUUGACUUACAAGGCAACUGUCACGCCUACUGGUCUUGUCCUGCGCGGUCCCGAGUGGGGUGUAUCGAACCGGGUCCUCCGCAGGUACUCUGCGCACACGGAAUACUUCAUGAGAGUCUUCUUUGCAGAUGAGGACGGUCUCUCUGUGUUUCAUGACCCACGCUCCUCGCAGGAAGACGUUUACGAUCGAUUUCGACAUGUGCUUCGCAACGGUAUCUCGAUUGCCGGUCGUACCUUUGAGUUCCUGGGCUUUUCCCAUGCCUCGCUUCGUUACCAUGCUGCCUGGUUCAUGGCUCCAUUCGAGGAGAACGACGUCCUUGUCCGCGCCAAGCAUGUCAUUGCAGCUCUAGGUGACUUCAGCAAUAUCCACUGCAGUGCCAAAUGCGCGGCGCGGAUCGGCCAGGCGUUCAGCGACACUGUCCACGCGAUUCACGUUCCGCUCGAUGCAUACGUCGUAGAGACCAAGGAAGACAUUGUCAGGAAUGGCCGCACGUUCUCAGAUGGUUGUGGCACAAUAUCGGAAGCCCUUCUCCAGAGGGUUUGGCGUUCGCUGCCACCAGACCGUAGGAGCAAGAGGCCGACCGUGCUGCAGAUUCGUUACCGGGGCGCAAAGGGAGUGGUCUCACUCGACGACGCUCUGCUUGGUGAGCAGCUUCACAUCCGCACGAGCAUGACCAAAUACGUCGCUCGUGAAGGCUGGCGAGACCUCGAGCUAUGCGGCGCUGCGUACAGGCCCCUGACCAUGUACCUCAACCACCAGUUUAUCAAAAUCCUCGAAGACCUCCGAGUCUCACUGCGAAACUUCUUCUCGGUACAGGACGAUGCGCUCAAAACACUCGAGAUGAUGGUCAACCAUCCUCUCAAUGCUGCUUCGUUUUUGGCAAUCGCGCACACUGGUGUUUACGCAAAGGUCCCCAGGCUCAUCACGCUCAUGCACUACAUUGGGCUCUCGUUCCAGGCAGACCGCUUCCUCACAGAUGUUGUCGAAAUCGCAGCCAUGUCGAGCCUCCGAGACCUGAAGUAUCGCGCACGCAUACCCAUUGACAAGGGCUGUCUCUUGUACGGUAUCAUGGAUGAAACGAACACUUUACAGGAAGGAGAGGUAUACAUCGCGACGCAGCUCCCGGAUGACCAUGGUGAGUGGCAACACCGCGUCAUCACUCAUGACCGGCUUGUUGUGACUCGAGCACCCGCGUUGCAUCCGGGGGAUGUACAGACGGCAAAGGCUGUGGAUGUUGAGCGCGGAAGCCCCCUCAAAUCGCUACGCAACUGCAUCGUCUUCUCUCAGAGAGGCGAGCGAGAUCUGCCCUCGCAACUCAGCGGCGGUGACCUCGACGGCGAUCUCUUCCACAUCAUCUGGGACGAACGACUCAUACCUCCUAUCACGAAAACUCCAGCCGACUACGCGCCCACCCCAGCUCGCGACCUUGGCAGGCCUGUUGAAGUGAACGACAUUGUUGACUUCUUCAUCGAAUUCAUGAACAUGGAUCGCUUGGGCGUCAUUUCCAACAAGCACAAGAUCAGAGCCGACCGCAAACCGGCAGGAACUCUAGACACGGAGUGUUUGAUGCUUGCUCGGCUUGCAUCUGAUGCUGUUGAUUUCAGCAAGUCGGGCAAUCCUAUACCCCCGGGCGCGGACAGCGUCAGACCAGAUUUCAUGGCUCCGGGUCGUAGCUUGGUCAUUAAUGAUCUGGGUACCGCGGAGCUCGACGAGCUUGAAGAUGACGAUGUGGAUGAUCCCGAUAGCCUCAGCGUCCUCGAUCCCGAAAAGUCUAGGAUACGAUACUACAAGAGCCACAAAGCGCUCGGAGAGCUGUAUCGCCGCAUCGAUGAGAAAAAGUUCUUCACGCAGAUGAGGGACUCUUUCCAGACCGUGCAGACUGCAUUGCAUGGCGAGUCCUUGCUCGAAAAGCUCGAGAGAUAUGUUGACCGCGAAGCCAUUGGCCUUCAAUGGGAGCACCACCAGGCUUUCGCCACGGAGCUGCGCGAAGAAUAUGAAGACAACAUGGUCGACAUCAUGUACUCCAUGCGGCCCCACCGCGGCCAGCCUCUGACCGAGCUCGAGGUCUUCUCCGGCAACAUCCUCGGUAAGAAGGAGAGAUCGUCCACCCGCGCGAUCCGCGAGGCAAACAAGGAGGUCCAGGAGCGCUUCGACCGCGACGUCAGCGACAUUGCUAGACGCAUUGCGCGCGGUGAUGGAGGGUGGGACGGCCCAGACGAUGCCGAGGCCCUGCCCCGGGCCAUCGCGUGCUUCAAGGUCGCGUUAGAGACGGACGGGUGGGAGAAUCAGGUCGUGCUCAGGAGCUGGAAGUACGUUGCCGCUGCGGUCUGCUUGGAGCAGUUGAACGUGUAUCGAUUGGGACAGUUGCGGCCACUGUGA